AUGUCUUCAACAAGAACUAGUUCUAAACAUCAAAGAAAAAGUGAGAAUCGUUUUCAACAAUAAAUUAAUAGUCUUUUAAAAAAUAUAAUUCACCCACCUUCUCCUCUCUCUAAAUAAUGGAUUAAGGAUCGAGAGGAAGAAUAAAAGAGUUUGUUUCAAGAAGUUAAAAAAAGUGAAUUUAAUACUAAAAACUAAACAAUAACAUAAUUAACUGAUAUUGGAAAGAAAUUAUAGAAAAUGAAAAAGAAGUUAAGAAUUUUCACUGCUGAUGAUCGUCUAAAAACACCAGUAUCAGAGAAUAAAAGUAGAAAAUCAACCAAAUCAAAGAAGAGUUAAAGUAAAAAGGGGCAGAGUUCACAUAGUUAAUCAAGAACAUAAGUAAAAAGUUUUGAACAAAGCAGAAGUAAAUCUUCAAAAAAAGUAAAAAAGUCUUUAAAGUCCUCAAAAACUAAAAAUACUCCACAAUUUUAAAAGAAAACAUUUGAAAAUAAACUUGGUAGUUUCUCUAAGGAAAUGCAACUAUAAAGAGAUAGUUCAAGACCUAAUGUUAGAAUUUUAGAUUCAAGAAUUGCAAAGAAUUCUGUUGAUAGAGGUUUAAGGUAAUUUAUGUUAUUUAUGUAAGUAACUCUCGUUCAAUAGGGUCUUCAAAAAAAUAAUUUAGAAAUCAAAGAACUGAAUCUGCUUGUGAAGAAUCAAGUUCUUUAACAGAUUCUAGUGAUACAAAAGAAAUUAUAAAUUUGAAAAUGAAUCCAUAUACUUCAUAAUCUAAAUAUGAAGUAUUUAUUGAUGAUGAUAAAAGAAUAAAAGAAUUUGAGGCAGGAUAAUUAAGUAGAGAAGAGAAUCUUAUGUAAACAACUUAAUUAGAAUCUGUGACUAAAGAAAAAGUAUUAAGGGAAUAUAGGAUUUUAUAUUACAAAAAUAAAGAAGUCAAAAAAUUACUUACUGAAUAUUAUGAACAAAAUUUACGUUUGACUUAAGAAAUUAAUGAAUUACAAUAAAUUAUAUAUGAAAAAUAACUUGAAAAUAAAUAAGUUAAAAAAGAAUUAAAGUUUUAAACUAAAGAUAUGAAAAAUAUGCAAUCAGAAUAUAGUACAAAAAUAGAUCAAUUAGGUAAAUCUUAUUAAUAACAUUAAAUGAAUAGUGUUCCAUUGAAUGAAUUUGAAAGAUUAAAAUAAGAAAAUGAUAAAAUUUUAAUAGAAAAUGAAAUGCUAAAGGAGGAUUAUAAUGCAAUAAAUCUUAAAAUGCAACAAAUAGAAAAUGAGAUAUAUUUAAAGAGACAGUAUGAAAUUCCAGGAUAAGAGUUUUCUUAAAGAUUAUAAAGAGAAUUAGAAUCAGUCAAAGACUAAACCGAUAGAAUAAAGGAAGAAAAUAUUAAAUUGAAGUUACAAUUAGACAAAGAAUAUAAUUCUAAUCGAGAAUUAUCAUAAUAAAUUAAUUAAAAGAAACAUGAGCUUAAUGGAAAUAUUGAAUAAAAAUAAUAGGAAUUAUAAUAAUUGUAAUCUCAUUUAUAAACUGCUAAUACAAAAAUUUAGAAAUUAGAAUAAUAAUUAACUUAAAUGAAGUAUCAAUUGAUUACAGAAUAAGAAUAAUCAUUUUAAAUACGUGAAAAAAUCAUUAGAUAAGAAGAAGAAUUAAGAAUAACAAAUCUGAAAGUAGAGAACAGAGAAAAAGAAAUCAAUGAAUUAAGAUCAAAAGAAUUAAUUUAAAAAAAAAAAAUAUUAGAUCUAGAAUCUAAAAUUGAAAAUCAAAUUUACUAACCUCUAUCUUAUUUUGAACCUGUCAUUACAUUCAAUAAACCAAAUAAUUCUGAACAAUGUAUAAUAAAUUAUAAACAAAUUAAUAAUAAGGAAUUAUAAUAAGAGCGAUAAAUAUUAGCAAAGACUUAGGAUUAAUUAUUAAAUAUUUAAGCAGAAAAUGAUCAAUUAAAACGAAAUCUUAAAUAAAUAGAAUUAGAAUUAUAAUAUGAAAGGCAAUAGAAUGAAUAAAUCAAAUUGAAAUUCUCUUAAUUAUAAUAAGAAAAUGAAUUUACUCUACAAAGAGUACAAAAAUAAUUUAAAGAGACUGAAAAUUAUCGUUCAAAGGAAUUUUAAAUAACUGAAUAACAAUUUAAAAAUCAAGAAAACUUAUUGUUUUCUGCAUAAUAAAGAAUAAAUGAAUUAGAAAAUGAAAUUAAAAUAUUGAAUAAUAAAGAGUAAGAUAAUAAAAAUUUGAUAAAUGAUCAGAAAAUAUAAAUUGAAAAAUAAUAAUUAAAAUAAGAGCAACAUGUAGUAAAAUUAAGUGAGCUUACAAAUUAGGUUAAAAUUGUUGAAUAUGAAAAUGUAAAUUUAAAGGAAAAUAAUUGUUAAUUAAAAUUAUAAAAUCAAUAGUUAAUAAAAGAAUUAGAAUAAAUUGAUAGGAUUAAAGAUAAUUAUAAAAAUAAAUAUUUAAAUAAUAUGUAUGAAAAUAAAAAAUUAGUAAAUUAAUAUCAUGAAGUAAUUGUAUUCUAAUAUUUAGAAAGAAAAUAUUCUGAAACAAACAUUCAAUAAUGAAUUAGAAAUAGUAAAAUGUUAAAAAGAACAAUUGGAAAAAAUGAAAAAUCAAGAGGAAUGUUAAAGAUAAUAAAAAGAUAAAAAGUUAAAAGUUAUAAGUGAACUAUAAUAAAUGAUAAAAGGACAUAAAAUUGCAUUUGAUAAAUGA